ACCCACCAAAACAACAGCUGUUCGCCACGACGUGGCACGCGUACGGCGCUAUGGGAGGCGGGUCUGGUAACCAGGAACCGUCGCCGGCGAGCGCGCGGCCGCACGUUCUGCUGCUGUGCAGCCCGUGCAUGGGGCACCUCAUCCCAUUCGCCGAGCUGGCGCGCCGGCUCGUCGCCGACCACGGCCUCGCCGCCACGCUCCUCUUCGCCGCGGCCACGGACGCCCCCUCGGAGCAGUACGCCGCCCUGGCCUCGUCCGUGCCCGACGGCGUCGACCUCGUCUCGUUGCCCGCGCCACCGGCGGACGCCCUGCCGCCCUCAACCCCCGUGCGCGAGCGCGUCCUGCACGCCGCCCUCUCGGCUGUGCCGCACGUCCGGGACACCGCCCGGUCGCUGGCCUCUACCUCGCCGAUCGCCGCGCUCGUGGUGGACAUGGCCAGCGUGCCGGCGCGUGACGUCGCCGUGGAGCUGGGCGUGCCGUGCUACAUGUUCUUCACCUCGCCGUGGAUGCUCCUCUCCCUGUUCCUGCACCUCCCGGAGCUCGACGCGGGGCUCGUCGGGGAGUACCGGGACGCGACCGAGCCCAUCCGGCUGCCGGGCUGCGUGCCGAUCCACGCGCGCGAGCUUCCCGGGUCUCUGCUUGCCGACCGGAGCAGCGAGACGUACGCCGGGUUCCUGUCUUUGGCCAAGGACGCCGCGAGAGUCGACGGGAUUCUCGUGAACACGUUCCGUGAGCUAGAGCCGGCGGUGGGCGAAGUCGGCACGAACUGCGUGAAGGUACCGCCGGUGCACGCCAUCGGGCCGUUGGUCUGGACCAGGCCGGUCGCGGGCGGCGUGAACCAGGACCACGCACGCCUCAUCACGUGGCUGGACCAGCAGGCACGUGGUUCCGUGGUCUUUCUGUCGUUCGGGAGCGGUGGCACGCUCACGUGGCGGCAGACCACCGAGCUAGCCCUCGCGCUGGAGGCGACCGGGCGUCCGUUCAUCUGGGCGGCAAAGCGGCCACACGAGGACACGGCGGACGGCGCCUUCUUCGGGACCGGGCGAGGAGGAGACGACGACGACGACCCGCUGGGCUUCCUGCCGAGGGGCUUCGUCGAGAGGACGUCGGGGGUGGGGCUCGUUCUCCUGUCGUGGGCACCGCAGACUGCGAUUCUCGCGCACGCCGCCGUCGGGUGCUUCGUGACGCACUGCGGAUGGAACUCGAGCCUGGAGAGCAUCCUCAAUGGAGUGCCGAUGGUGGCAUGGCCGCUCUACGCGGAGCAGAAGAUGAACGCCGCCAUGUUGGAGGCCCGUGCAGGGGUGGCGGCCCGCGUGAACGCCGCCGGACCUGGCAACGGUGGCGGCUUUGUAUCCAAGGAGGAGAUUGUGAGCGUGAUCCGGCAUGUGAUGGAUGGGGACGAAGCAACAAUGAUGAGGAGGCGUAUUGGUGAGCUCGGAGACAGAGCCACACGUGCGCUGACCAUGGAUGGUUCUUCAAAUCUUGCACUAGCCAAGGUCACGGAUGUGUGGAAGUCUUCUACUUCUAGUGACGAAAAAUAAAG